UUAUACUGCAGACUUGUGCUAGCCUGACAGCCCGGCUAGCACAUGAAACCGAUAUGUACAAUAAUGUACAUACGUAUGUAUGUAUGUACUAAAACGUGCUGGAUAUUGACAUCUCUUGCCCUUCAUUCCGUGUUAUUCGUGGAUCCAGUUUGCGUUUUAUUAUAACAUGGUUUCAUUUAAUUUCGUAAUAUGCAUUACAUUUGCUUGAUUUGUUUGAUAGUAUCGACAUCGCCAGCAGCGAAUCCUUAGAAGUUUAAAUGAUAAAUUAUGAUUACGAGUUAGUACCUACUUAUUUUAAUUACUCUUUAUAAAUAAAUUCUAACACGUUUAAAAAAUUCUAUGCAAUUCCAACAAGAGUGAUGUGCCAAAAAUUUCACUAUGUCCUGCAUAACUAAAACUUUAUAGGGAUACUGUAUGACAACCUAAACACUGACAUACAUAUACCAAAUACCAUGCUCCGAAUCCCGGAUCUAUCGGUUUUGCACCUAAGCAUGUGUCCUUAACGUACGUACGUGCGUACUUAUUAAUGUCGUAGCAGGUAUUCUACUUGCUGUAGCGGCUGAUCCAUUCGAACUACGACAGCCCGAAUGAAGAAUUUGAAAAAAAUUAAUCCGAAUUAAGGUGACAAAAUAAGAUGACCAACUCAAUCGGUACAAGUAUGUGGUCCAGAGUAUUUAGACUUCGAGGAACAGUAAUUUUACACAUAUGGUGGCAAGUGACCCUUGUUGUUCUUUUCACAACAGGCAUUAUAUUCAUUCAUCUCAAUAAAUUCCCCAUUCAUUUUCCAAUGCCAAUCUUAAUCGAUAUUAUGGGAGUUGUUACAGGUCUUUUACUGGCAUUUCGGACGCAAACUUCAUAUGAAAGAUACUCUCAAGGUAGUGAGCUCUGGUGCCAAAUGACAAUCUACAGUCGCAACUUGACACGUUUAAUCUGGACUGGCGUCACCCCCCACGACUCUCAAAACAUUGUAGAAAAGAAGAGUGCAAUAAAUCUAGUCCUGGCUUUUGCAGUGGCUACAAAGCAUUACUUGAGAGAGGAAUAUGGCUACAAAUACGCAGAUCUAAGCAAUCUCUUGUCUCAUAUUACAACAACCCAUGCUACUCCAAGAAAUGUGUCUAUUUCUCAUAAAGAGACAUUUGACGACGUUAUUACCACUCAAAGAGACGUCAACUGCACAAACAUACCUUUGGAGAUUUCCUACUACAUUGCCAGCUACAUCAAGUAUUGCCAGAAUCAGCCAUGGGACCAGCCGAAAUGCGAUGCCAUUGUCAUCACAGCCAUGCACAAAUAUCUCUCUCAACUUGUUGGGUGCCUAACGACGUUUGAAAAAAUCAGAAAAACGCCGAUUCCUAUUGCAUAUUCUGUCCAUCUCACUCACAUCACUUGGAUCUACACAUUGGCAAUACCGAUCCAAAUUGUGUCCAGAUUUGAGUGGAAUACGCUGCCUAUUGUUGCUCUGGCUGGAUUUGCGUUGCUGGGAAUUUUAGAGAUUGGUCAAGAAAUUGAAAAUCCGUUCAGCUAUGCGGCGAAUGACUUGCCACUGGACCAAUUUUGCGAAGACAUCCGAUUGGAGAUGGAGCAUGUCUUGAUGCAAAGUCCCGUUCAAGCCAAGGAUUGGAUUAGCUCGGACAAAAACAUGCCGUUUUACCCAAAGAGUUUCCAAACUGCCUCCGAACUGAUGAGACGCAGUCCGGAGGAGUUGGAAAAUAUUAUGAGACGACUUGAAACAGGACCACAAGCAGCAGCAGGAAGAACGGCUGUGUAGCCUAUGAAUUUAGUGCACUUGGAACAAUAUAAACUUCAGCGCUUUCAAAACACAGUAUUUAUUUAUGUAUACAAAAUGGUAAAUAUGUAUGUACAAUCAAAAAUAUAGCGUGAUAAUCUGUACAUAAAAGUUCAAAGAUAUUUAAUAAAAUGACAUUUUAUUUGUUUGCUUACGCUCCCAA